AUGAGCGAGACGCGCCGUCGGAGUAGAUUUCAACACUUAGUAUUCAAUAACGCGACCGAUAAUACCAGGGAUCCGGGUGCUCUGGUUGACGAGGAGGCGCCAAAGACAACUGGGAAGAUUUCACUCCCUCAACAUGGGAGAUUAUCCUCUUCAGGCAAACCCCGGAGAGUAGUCAAGACAGAAACUACGACUCCUAAGAAGGUUUCAUUCACUCAACCUGGGAUAUUAUCGUCUUCAGGCAAACCUAAAGGCGUAUUCAAAACGAAAACUUCAAAAUUGACAAGAACUAACACCAAACAUCGCAUCGAAAGCCCGUGGGAUAACUACGUCUUCGUGGAUGAAAUCGUCAAGGAUGAUGAUACAGUAAUCAAGGUACGGAAGUCCGUGUCCGGGCAAAUGUUUGCUUUCCGCACGUUUCCAAACGAUGAGAAAUUUGAGGUGAUUGAGCAGCAGUUCAAACUUCUGGAUCAUCAUAAUGUUCUCUCGGCACAGGAAUUUUUCAGGCAUGGGCAAAGAGCUUUCAUUCGCUCAUCAGUGAUGGAUAUUUCCUUUGAUCGGAUUGUCAUGUGCCGCCAAUAUCCAUCAUCUAGAGUAUUAGCAUCGAUGAUCGGACAGACAAUGGAUGGCCUCCACUACUUGGUAUCAAAUGGCGUAAUAUGUGAUUCAUUGACUUGCUCCAAGCUCAUGGCCAAUAAGGACGGUUGUGUCAAAAUUGUGGCAUUCUCGGACGCAAAGAUUCAAGAGGAUAUACGCGCCUCAACAACCAACUUAAUCAUGCGGUUGACUUCAGUCAUGGUGUUAUUAAUGCAAAAAUUCGAUAACGAGGCAGGCGAGACCAGUAUCCAAGACAACGCUCGGUGGUCUCCGCAAGAUGAAGCCUGCAGGUUUCUCCAGGAUCUACAUAGCACCAAGGAUUUCCAUACAAUCUACCGUCAUCGUUUUAUCGAUCCGAAAGAACGGGAUGGUGACGGUUUCAAGGACUUGAUUGUGAAGGCAUCGGAUACAACAUUAGAUUUACAUGUGAGACUAGAUCAGCGCGAAGAAUUUCAACCAAUCUGA